GUUUCAUAGAUACACUUAUCGACAGAAGAUAUCUUGACUCACGUAUAUCUGACCGCUGUCGUAUCCGGUAUCGGUUGGCACACAGAAGUAGAAGUUUGCUUAUGAUCUUUCUUUCCUCUGUCUUCAGAGCCCUCCUCUUUCUUCUUGUUUCUCUUAUUCUCAUUUCAUUUUCAUGCAAUUUAACAUUGAGUCAAUAUCCAAGCCCAAAACGAAAUCUGUGAUCGACAUGCUUCUCGAAAGUAUUGAUCUGGGAAGAUCUCAUCGUGGUUCACGACAUGCUCUUUCACACUUAAGUAAUCAUCAAGGCUCAACAUCCGGCUGCUACGAUAUUCGCCAUGAGAAGAACGGUGUUCAUUGGGAAGGUUGUCCUAAUUUUAAUCCUAGCCCCAGACAACUGAGUCCUAGAGACCAAUUGUCCAUGCACAGAAUGAUGAGUUCUCCUAGAGGAGAUCCAAGAAUGGGAGACCACUCACCUCCCUCGACAGGGCUAUCUUUACCUCUACUCCAACGAAAUCAUUCUAGCCCAAAUGAAAGGUAUUUGGAAGGAUCAGGUGGUCUGGAAGCCCUUGCGAUGGGAGGAAUAGGCCCAAGAUCUAGAAGUAUUGGCCAAAACCCCGGGGGUCUUGAGGCUCUCAGACUCGGUAGACAGGAUCCUCGCGAUCGAAAUCAUAUCCUGGGCGCAGCACCACUAGGCCUAGAAGAUUUUGAACAACUCAGAAGAAGAAGGUUGCAAUCAGAUAUGGGCUCGGAUCAACGUGGGACAUUCGAACACCUGAUAAAUCGCAACAUAGCAUCCAGGUCAUUGAAUCAAGGACAUCCCCAUCCAAGUCGUCAAAAUCUACACGAAGAUAUUUAUCCCGAUUCUAGCCUUCAAAGUCCUCGAUACUACAGCCCCCGCGCCCCAAUUUCACGAACACAAUUCCAGGACCUAGGACCCGGUCCUCCCGAAUAUCCCAUGACGCCAGAUUAUCAGCCAGCCGCAUAUUACCCCAAUUCUCCACAUCUAUCCCAACGUUCUACGCCUAGAAUGAUGUACGACGAGCGGAAUGAAACAGCAAUGAGGAGUCCUCAUUCUCACCACAACAAUCUCCACCAAAGUCCCAAUCCUUUGAUGUACGGCGAAAUGGACAGCCCACUUACAUCGUCCCGGUACGGAUCUAUUCACUCUCGUUCUCCUUUAGGGGGUGGAAGCAACACAGACUUACAGCGGGAGAUGAUUGAACAGCGUUCGAUGAGAAUAGAACCAUCUAUGAUGCAUUAUAAUACUCAUGACCGUAGCCAAGGUGGUAGUCGAAAUUAUGGAAGUCCUUUGAAUACAAAUUACCAAUCUCCAUAUGUAGAAGAUUGGGUGAGUGAGGUGGGAAUGGGACCGGACGAAAUGAUGCAAAGGCAAGCCGCAAUGGAAGGAGGUGGUUUUUUCUAUGAUGAGAGGGCUGGUAUUAGCCUGGAUGAUGGGUAUGGGAGAUCUAGAUUAGUUUAAAAUUUCUUUUGAAUAUGGGAAUUUGGAAAGAACGCUGUCGGAAUGCGUGUGGAUAAGGCUCAAUGAGAUUACCAUCUGGGUAGUAAUAUUAUUACGAGCAAAAUUACAAUGCAAAGAAACAUUGGCCGCGUAACUCUAUAUUCAUUACCUCGAAUAAUCAAAAUGGUGUUCGACGAUCGACUACCCGACGAUUGUCGAAUAUCAUAGUGGCUCGA